ACUCUGCUGCCUCGUACGUGAAAAUUGGGAUCUUCUCUUCGGAGAGAUGAGAGGGUGUGGGGUUGAAAAAAUUUCAACUAAACGCCGGGCAAAGUGGCAAGAGAUUGCCACUGUUGUAAGCCAUGAAUUUACAGCUCCACGUUCUUCGGAACAAUGCCGGAAGAAAUUUCAAAAUGUAAAAGGACGUUCCAUCAACAAAGUCAGUGGGCUGCGGCAUCCACCAACAGGAGGGGGCCCAUCAGCUGUAUUGUCCGUGGCAGAGUCGUGUGUGGCAGACCAUCUUGCCACACACGAAGUUGUCACGGGCAUUGGCGGAGGAUUUGAUUCAGAUGACCUUGAACAAAUUUUUCGGGCCUCGAAACCGGCCUCAAUGAUCUUGGCAGAUGAGCCAACGUCUGAGGCCACUAUCCCAGAAACAUCAGGAGGUCCAUUGAAGUCGUGCAGACAAAAGACCGGGAAAGCAAAAAGAAAAAUUGUCACCACGGAGCAGUCCACAAUAAAUGAAUUAACUGCAGAAAACCUAUCGCUUGACAAUGUCAGAAUUAGGGAGGAGACCAAAAAAAUCAAGCUCCAGAUGGACCUAUUAUUAGAACAAAAAAAUGCACUUAUUUCAUUGAAGGAAAUGGCUGAUGCUGCCAAAAGUUAUUAUUUACAAAGGUCUUCCAUUGAGUUUCAUUCAGGAAAUCCUUUUGUAGAUUCCUUUACUUUUAAUAAAUAAUUCUGCUCAACCAAUUCAUUGGAUAUUUGAAAGUAACAAGCACACUGUUAGAUUGUCUUUGAAACAUUUUAGGCUUGUCCCUGUAUUUUUCAUUGUAUAUUUGAAGGUGAUGUACUUGUUUAAGCUAACUUCUUCAAACUUACUUUUGAGAUCCUACAUCAAUCUUCAAAUAUUUAAAGCUUUGUACAUUCUUGAAUUGCAUGUAUGAUUGGCUUAGGUGACUUUAUUUUUGAUCAAGUCAAAAUGUACUUGUUGUAUUAAGUAAUGCCCUGAAAUUCAUGUGCUAUUAAAGUUUUUAAACCAUAUAUGUUAUGCCACUAAGUUUGAUGAUGACAUUUCAUAUAUAUGUUACACAUCAUUGUUCAUCCAUGUCCAAUGAAAUAUUCUUUGUAAAGUUUGCUGAAGUAAUUAUUUAUUAAGGACAUAAGGUUUGUAGUUUGCUAUAUAGUUUAUACAUAUCAAAUUUAUAAAAUGUAUGGUUCCAUAAAGUCAUCAGACAAUUAAGUUAAGGGUAUUGCUUGUUACUUUUCAAAUAUCCAAUUGCUACACAGUUCUCAUUCAUUUAUAAUUCACAAUGUUCAUCCGGAGUUUGAGAAAGUAUCCUCUUUAUGAUUGACACUGUUAAUUUAUAUUAAUGAUUAUUUUCAUAAUGAUCAUUUUAUAGAGGCAAAUGUAUAUACUUCUUAUUGAUAGCUUUCCCUGUGUUUUGACUGCAUGACUUCAUAUACAUAUAUACAACAAUGACUCUAUGUAUUUUUUUUAGUUGAUAUAUAUCAAAUUCAACUCAUAUUAUUCAUAUGUUAUGAACAUUACAUAUCAGUUAUAUGAAAAA